AUGGCCACCUCGUACACGACCAGGAAUGGGCGAACUGCCAAGCGAGGGCUCUUUUCUGAAGGUGUCUGGCUCUGCGACUGCGAACCCCGGCUGCCUGCGGACAAGUUCCAGACCAAGCAAGGGACCAAGAAUCAUGGAAGGUGGUUCUAUACCUGCCAGAAGCCUCAGAACAAGCGGUGCGGCUUCUUUCUGUGGACCGACGAAGCCAAGAUCCGUGAAGAAGCCGCCGUGCUCAGCAACACACGCUCAGAGCCGAAUGCUCCUGUCACACCUAAGACGCCGCAGAAACAGACCUCGAUCGCCGAAUUUCCUACGCCACAGACGAAGACCAACUAUGCACAAACAAAACCUGCGGAAAGAGCUGACCAGAUAGGGAUAUCUGGGCAUUUCGAGCCCGAAGAGAGUUUUGAAUGGUCUUCCAGCGAUGACGAGGAAUUGCUCAAAGCCGAACAAGAAGCUCUGCAAAUUACACCGUUCGAUAAACCCCGGAAGACCCCUCGAACAGAUGGUCUCACAUCUCCCGGGAAGAGGACCUUGUCUGGGUCGCCGGCUCGGGCUGUUAGGAGUGAUGAAAUAUGGCCUCUGAGCGAUGAUGUUUUCACCACUCCGAGCACGUCCCAAAAGUCAUAUGGCCCCGGACUGCUCUCGCCUUCAAAUACUCCAGCUUCCAGACUGAUCCAGAGCGGAACUGGGCCAUCCGAAGCCGAGCCUUCUUCGCUUGCCGCCGAAGCGCUCAGCAUACUGAGAAGCUCAGACGCGCAAAUCAGCUCGUGGGUCGAAGCUCAACUCGUGGACCUUCUCAACAAGUACGACCUCCGGACGCAAGGAAUCAUCAAGGGCAGGGACAUCACCCGGUUAGCUGUCCAGACUAAGGACAGGAAGAUUGCAGAAAUGCAAGCCCGCAUUUCUGCACUAGAGGCAGAAAAGGAAACAAACAGAAGAGUCAUAUCUCACUUGAAAAUGGACAUCGCUACUUCGCCGAAGAGAGGUAAAGGCAGGGGUAUGCUCCCUGCACGUCGAUCAGAGGUCUGA